ACCCAUAAUCCUCGUCCACUCCUGCUGUUUGGACAAGGCUAGCGACCAGCACGCGGAUUUCUACUAUAGUGAUUUUAGACUCAUUGAAAUUAAACAAUUUAGUGAGUUUAGGUUCAUUGAAAUUAAACAAUUCAAUUACAUUUAAAAUCUGAGAGACUAAAUUUGGAGAUGAUGCAGGAUGAUGCGCGCUACCUCAAACGCAAAGUGACUGCGGGCAGCUUGGAUGUCCACCCCACGGAGAAGGCCCUCGUGGUCCACUACGAGGUGGAGGCGUCCAUACUGGGCGAGGGUGGAGGACACAUGCUGGGCGAGCGAAAGGAGGGACAGAAAAUUAUCCGAGUGAAAAGUCUUUCCCCGAGCACAGACGUGGGAGCCUUGGCCAAGAAAGUGGUGGAGGAGUGUAAACUCAUCCCUCCUUCCCGUUUGCCCCAGGUGGAGCAGCUCCUCUACUACUUGCAGAACAGGAAGUCAUCACCGGUGGAGGGCAAAGCGGAGCAGAAAGAGAAAAGAACAGUGAGACCCAGAGAGCUGACCCCGUUUGAAGGAAUGGAGCUCGAUGAGGAAGCCAGUAUUACCAGAGUGGAGGAGUACAUGGAGCUGCUGUAUGAAGGAAUCCCAGAGAAGAUCAGAGGCUCUGCUCUCAUCCUGCAGCUCGCCCGUAACCCUGACAACCUGGAGGAGCUGCUCCACAACGAGGCAGUUCUGGGUGCUCUGGCCAGAGUAUUGAGGGAGGACUGGAAACAGAGCGUAGAGCUGGCCACCAUCAUCAUUUAUAUCUUCUUCUGUUUUUCCAGUUUUUCCCAGUUCCACGGCGUGGUGAGUCAUUAUAAAAUAGGCGCGCUGUGCAUGAGCGUGGUGGAACACGAGCUGAAGAGACACGACGUGUGGCGCGAGGAACUACGCAAGAAAAACAAGGCCUGUGAGUCGGCACCGGAGAACGGCUCUCUGAGAAGAGACCAGGACAAAGCCGUGAGGAAGUACCACGGCCUUCUGUCCAAACAGGAGCAGCUGCUCAGAGUGUCCCUUUACCUCCUGCUGAACCUCGCUGAGGACACAAGGACCGAGUUAAAGAUGAGGAAUAAAAACAUCGUUGUCCUCCUCGUCAAAGUCCUUGAACGGGAUGACGAGGAGCUGCUGGUCCUGGUGGUUUCUUUCCUCAAAAAGCUCUCCAUCUUCUUAGAGAACAAGAACGACAUGGCUGAGGUGGACACUGUGGAGCGCCUGGCUCGCCUGCUUCCCUGUGACCACGAAGACCUGCUGAACCUCACUCUGCGUCUGCUGCUCAACCUCUCCUUCGACGCUGGCCUCCGAGCCAAGAUGGUAGAAGUCGGGCUGCUACCUAAAUUAACGGCCUUGUUGGGUGAUGACAACAACCGUCAGGUUGCCAUGCGUAUCCUGUAUCACAUCAGCAUGGACGACUGCUUUAAGGGCAUGUUUGUUUACACUGACUGCGUCCCUCAGCUAAUGCGGAUGCUGUAUGAGCUCGGCGAGGAGGAAACUGAAGCUGAGCUAAUCUCCAUCUGCAUCAACCUGGCCGCCAACAAGAGGAACGCACAGCUCAUGUGUGAAGGAAAUGGCUUGAAGAUGCUUAUGAAGAGAGCUCUAAAGAUGAAGGACUACCUUCUGAUGAAGAUGAUCAGAAACAUCUCUCAGCAUGACGGACCAAUCAAACCCAUGUUCAUCGACUACGUUGGGGACCUGGCUGCAGAGAUCCGUGCAGAGGAAGAGGAGGAGUGGGUUCUGGAGUGUCUCGGGACGCUGGCCAACCUCACCAUCCCUGACCUGGACUGGGAGUUGGUGCUGAAGGAGUACAACCUGGUACCCUACCUCAAAGACCGGCUUAAACCAGGCUCGGCGGAGGACGACCUCAUCCUGGAGGUGGUGAUUAUGAUUGGAACCGUUUCCAUGGACGACGCCUGUGCUGCCAUGCUGGCGAAGUCAGGCAUUAUUCCUGCUCUCAUCGAGCUCCUAAACGCCCAACAGGAGGACGAUGAGUUUGUGUGUCAGAUCGUCUACGUCUUCUACCAGAUGGUGUUUCACCAAGCUACACGGGACGUCAUCAUCAAGGACACCCAGGCUCCAGCUUACCUCAUAGAUCUCAUGCAUGACAAGAAUGCUGAGAUCAGGAAGGUGUGUGACAACACCCUCGAUAUCAUCGCAGAGUACGACGAGGAGUGGGGGAGAAAAAUUCAGUCUGAGAAGUUCCGUUUCUAUAACAACCAGUGGUUGGAGAUGGUGGAGAGUCGGCAAGCUGACGAGUGUGAGCCGUACCUCUACGACAACGACGACAGGACGGAUCUGUUCUACAGUGCAGAUGGAAUUACCCCCGGGGACGGUUCAGUGAGUCCGGACUUCUUCAACGACCUCCAGACUCAGAAUGGAGACCUGCACCAUCCAGGAGAUGGCAGCGAUGUCUUCGACCAGACCAGCUCGUCCACUCGACCGGCUACGGCCUACGGCUUCAGACCCGAUGAGCAGCCCUUCUACCAGUACUCAUAGGCCCCCCCCAUGGACGGUUUCAAUCAUCCACCCUUCUCUACGAGUAGGCGUCUUCCUUACACACCGGCUCCAGCCUUCUCAUGAUGAUCAGUUUCAUUUGGAGAACGUGAAGCCACGUAACAUCUCUGAUAUGUUGGUACCUUUUUGCACAUCGUCCUGUUUAAUGAUGAAUGUUUGCUGCCUCUUUAAAUCGCUGUCUCUAUUCUAACCUACAGGAUCUCACUCACAUGCACCGCCAUCUUCUCUUUCCUCUCAGCUCUAAGCAGUUCUGUUGUCAUUGUACAGCCACAGUGACACUAGGUCGGACGUAUGUUGUACCCGCGUAGAGCUUCUAGUCGUCCGGGCCCUUAAAGCGUGUUUACCGUAUGAUUCAUACGUAUCUGGAUGUACACGUGUGAAUCGGAGCAACUUACUGUUCACAGGACGCUCACUAUUAACCACAAGCAGUGUUAUUUGCACAUAGCUACAUGUUGAUGCAUGCAUGUUUUCUUUUUGAAUGUUUAAUUUAUUGUUAUCUGAAUUAUGUUGUGUUUUUAUAAUAGUAUUCAUUUGUUGCUACAAAACAGUGUAAACAUGUUACUGGACAAUACAUUAUCGCCAUUGUGUUUCCUCCUCAGGUUGUUUAAUAAAAACAUCAACGCCA